AUGAGUUUGAGAGGCAAAAUUCAAGGAUCAGAAGAUCCCAUUAAUGAAUAUAUCAGGAAACAUUCACUUCGUUUUACAACCGAACAACUGGAAUUAAUGGAAUACACAAAAAGUCUGCCAGGUAGUCAUGAAUCAUUUGAUUUCUUUUCUGCUAAUAACGUUGACUGUAUCAAUUUUACAAUAGCACACCUUUCACGAAUGCUUUGCUCACUUGAUGAAGCUCAAUUCUUUCAAGUCCUUGUUAGGCUAAUGGAUUGCAAACGAUGCAUUGAAAUUGGUACGUUUACUGGAUAUACAUCACUGACGAUUGCUCUCGUUCUACCACCUGAUGGUCAACUGAUUACAUGUGACAUUGAUGAUCAAUAUGUACGCCAAGAUCUAUGGAGUAAGGCAGGUGUUCGUGACAAAAUUAGCUUGCGGAUUGGACCCGCUAUUGCAACUCUAGAGAAAUUGAUUGAAGAACACAAUGAUGGAUUGUUUGAUUUCAUUUUUCUCGAUGCCGACAAAGUUAACUAUUUACGUCACUACGAGUUGUCCAUUCAAUUGCUUCGUUCUAAUGGAUUACACGUGAUCGACAAUACUUUAUGGAGCGGACGCGUUAUAGACCAAAACGAUAAGGGUGCGAUCACAGUUGCCAUAAGAGAGACAAACAACUUUAUCAAGAACGAUGAACGUAUUGAUAUUAGUUUGCUACGCAUUGCCGAUGGUGUUACACUUUGCAGAAAAAAAUAAACCGGAUGCCAUAUUAGAAGAACAAUGCUAUUCAAGCAUUUUUUCUCAUAAUUGUAUCCGAGAACUAUUUGCAUGAAAUAAUAUAGAGUGGAGUGUGGGUGUGGGUGUUGGCGCUUAGAAAACAGCCGACACCGGCACCCGCCCACACCCAUACCCACACACCCUUGCAGUUCGUUCUCAAAUAAAGUCAAGUGCAAAAAAAACUAGAGUUCAAAUUACAUAUAGUAAAACAACGACGAAAACAUGUACAUGAGAUGAUAUUACACCGUUAGUUUAUUGUAUACCAUGAUUCUUUAAUCAUGUCAAAAUAAUAAACGUGAAAAUAUAUUGCAUAAAAAACUGACCGGGACCGGGACUACUUUGCAGUUCCCUAACACCCACAUGCACACCCGCACCCACACCCUUAGAUUUACUCGGCUCCUUUCCGCACUCAUUUUUAUGAAACAAAUAUAAAAGUGGAACUGGUCUGACGACCAUGUCAAGCAUGGCUAUCAUAGACUCUUCCACUCUCCAUCUAAACCAUCACGUCCCUGUACCUAUCAAGAAAAUUUUUAUUAUGGUGUUUUUUUUUCUACUACUUUAUUUUUCUAUUUUUCUGUCGAUUUUCCUGUUUCUAUUUUUUGUUGGUGUUCCGUUUUUCGCUGUUGCCUCUCUCCUUUAAACACCUCAACUAACAUAUUGGGGCACUACCUAUGAUGUUUCAAUAGGCCCACGGGCAUUAACCCUACACUUAAUAAAGCAUAAUAAAAAAAAUACCUUAUGAUCAAUACAUCAAAGAAUGUAUUCUAGAACCGUUGAAUGUCAUUAUUAGCAAAACAGGUUUUCGUUUGGCAGAUUUCGAAAAUAGAGAAGAACUCGUUAAACAUUAUGUACAUGCAGGGUGGGGUUGGGUGUGGGUGUGGGUGUAGGUGUAUCGAUAUGGGCCUUCUGUUUAUUAUUUAUACCCACACAUCCACACCCACACCCACCCCACACCCACACCCACACACCCACACCCACAUACCCACACCCACCCAUACCCACACCCACACCCACACCCACACCCACACCAUCUAGUGGUGAAUGACUAGAUGAAAGAAAAGAUAUAGAGGUGAAAUCGGUGCAAACAGAAAACAAAGAAAGGUGAUAGAAGAAAACAAGGGAAAGAAAAGAUGAUGAUGUAUAUGUGAGGAUGUAGCCCGUAACACCUAUGAUCAUUUUUUGUUUAGCCGGUAUUGGAGCUUCAGGUUCUGUGUACGGUUUAAUGUUAUUCUUAACAGUUGAUCGAAUUAUUGCAAUGCGAACGAAUACCGAUCGUCGAAAUUCAAUCCUCUUAUACUUAUUUUUGUUGGUUUUACUUCCCGUUGUUAUCAUAAUAGUUGUGCCAAUUCCUUUAAAGAUCAAUGUGGCACACUCGGCUCAUUUCGGUGGUGGUUUAGUGGGUUUUCUUUUUGGUAUUGGUUU